AUGGCUGUGGGGUAUGGUAUUUCAGAUGAUAUUUGGCGGAGAAAAAACAGAAAAGGUACGCCACCCAAAGUGUCAGAGAUGUUGAGCCAGGAUGACCCCAAAUCACGCCCAAUGCUAGAACUACGAGAAAAGCUCCAGCCAGAGGUGAUCGAGCUGAUUAAACAGCAGAGGUUGAACCGCCUGUGUGAGGGCACACGCUUCAGGAAGAUCAGUGCUCGUCGCAGACAAGACAAAUUCUGGUAUUGCCAUCUGUCACCAAACCACAAAGUGUUACACUAUGGAGAUAUAGAGGAAUUCUCACAAGGACAAAUAUCACACGACUCUCUCCAGGAGAAAGUGACAGUAGCAGAUAUCAAAGCAGUGGUUAUGGGUAAAGACUGCCCACACAUGAGGGAGAAAGGAGCACUUAAGAAUAAGGAGCUGCUGGAGCUGUCUUUUUCCAUUCUUCAUAACUCUGAUGAAUAUCUGAACUUCAUUGCUCCGGACAAGCAUAAAUACUGCAUUUGGACUGAUGGCUUGAAUGCUCUUUUGGGAAAAGAGAUGACAAGUGAGCUCACAAAAUCAGAUAUGGACACUCUGGUUACUACUGAGCUGAAACUUCGCCUCUUGGACCUCGAAAACAUUCAGAUUCCUGACGUCCCGCCUCCUGUUCCCAAAGAGCCCAGCACUUAUGACUUUGUUUACGAUUUUAGCCAAAAGCACACUUGAGACUGGAAUAAAGUCCUUACUCGUGCUGAAAAUCAGCUGUAAAGAGUGCUCACUUUUUCUCUUUUUGGUAUUUGUGUUUCCUCACUUUCCUCUCGUAUGGACAGAACAAUGUUCAAAUCAUACAUUUUCCUCUAGAUUGUGACUAUGAUGUGAUGCUCAUUGAAUGCCUCUCAUGACUUUACUGUUCUGCAAAGAGGAAAAACUCACAGUAACAUUCUUUUCAGUCAUCAGUUUUAAUGAACAUUCAACUUGGUAUCAUGCAACCCUUUUGUGUAAGUAAAGUGCAUAUCUACAUAAAAUACGGAGCAUGGAUUAAAAUACAAUUCAGAAGCUACAUUAAGUCAUGAACACAUACACUGAACUCACAUGACUG